AUGAAGAGCAGCCCUCGCAGGCCCUUGAUUCUCAAACGACGGAAGCCAACCGUCCCACAGAAGGAUGCAUCCAGCACUUCAGCAAGCGAUGAGAACAGCAGUCAGGAAGAAAAGGUUCCUAAGCAGGAACACAGACAGGAGGACCAACGCAACAGCCAACUCGGAGACAAAACGGACUGUGGGCUGCUUUUAGGAAUAAAAAUCAUUGACCAUCCCACCAUGCCCAACACACAAGUGGUUGCCAUCCCUACCAACGCUGAUAUCCAGAGCAUCAUAGAGGCACUGACAGCGAAAGGAAAAGAAUGUGGCAACAAUGGGCCCAACAAGUUCAUUCUCAUCAGCAGUGGGGGCACGUCCCGCUCAGCGGGUCCAAAACCAUCGCAGCAUCUCCCAUCGGAGAAGAAACCCAGUGCAGCCACCAAGGCUGCAGAAGGUCAAGAGAGAGACAAGGAUGUUACACAGACAUCUGGUCUUGCAGGAGGCACAAUGCCCUGGCAUCCAGGAGUUGGUUCUGUGGUUGGACAGGAACAGGAGAGCAAAGGCAGUGGCGAGGCACCGAGCUCUGUGUUGGACAAUAGUCUCACCAACAUCCAGUGGCUGGGGAAGAUGAGAUCCGACGGGCUGAGUCCCUGUUCUGUGAAGCAGGACACAGAGAAAGAGAACCAGAUGCCUCUGCGGGAAAGAAUCGAGACUGAAGAAGAUGCUACUGCUGUUCCUACUGCCACCACUGCCUUGUCCUCCUCUUCGUGGCAGGAUUCAGUAUCAGAGCGACCUCCUUACUCCUACAUGGCCAUGAUCCAGUUUGCCAUUAACAGCACUGAGAAGAAGCGUAUGACCCUGAAGGACAUCUAUACCUGGAUUGAGGAUCACUUCCCGUACUUUAAACACGUGGCUAAGCCGGGUUGGAAGAACUCCAUUCGGCACAACCUGUCCCUUCAUGACAUGUUUGUCCGUGAGACGUCAGCUAAUGGCAAAGUCUCCUUCUGGACGAUUCACCCUGAUGCAAAGCGUUGCCUGACGUUGGACCAGGUGUUCAAGCCGCUGGACUUGGGGUCACCAACGUCACCUGAGCACUUUGAAUCACAGCAAAAGCGCCAUCUUCCUGAUCUCCAGAAGAACACGGGAAGCAACAGCAGCAGCAAAACCGAACCCCAGAAUGCACGCCGAAAGAUGAAGCCUUUGCUUCCUCGCAUCAGCUCCAUCCUGGUUCCGAUCCAGUUUCCUUUGAGUCAGCCUCUUGUCUUGCAGCCUUCCAUGAAGGUUCCUCUAUCCACGGCACAGGGAACAUCCCUCACCAGCUCGGAGAUGUUCCAGAGCAAUAAGCGUGUGCGCAUUGCUCCAAAGAUGUCACUUUGUACAGAAGAGUCCUCGUCUUUACCCACGGCUGCUGUCAAGGAGGAGAGUCAGGGUGACGACGGUUUAUUUUCCCCAGCCCAUUCCCUAAAGGAGAGCAGCUCCCAGCCUGGCGAGGAAUCGGCUUCUUUCCCUGAGAGCAUCUGCAUCAAGGAGGAAGGCGGCUCUCAGAUGAAUGACUGGCUGUCCCCGUUUGCCUGCACCCUAACAGUAAAGGAAGAGCCAGACUUGUUCCUCCCAGUCUCGUCCACAAAGGAGAAGCAACAAUUCACCUCACUGAAGUCACCGUCUGAGGGUGCUUCCGACACCUUAGUUAUAAGAAGGCGGGAAAGGAGGCCUGUGCUGGUUUUGCCAGAGGGCAGUGGGUUCGACCCUUUCCGACCAGAGGCAGACCUGCCCUUGCUGCAGGAAAGCCAGCCUCUUGAGAACGUAUCGCAGCUCAGCUGCUCCCAGGGGGAAGAGGGGCCCUUCAAAACACCGGUCAAGGAGAUAUUCAGCAAAUUGCCCGUUUCUUCCACUCCCAGCAAAGUCUCAGCAACUACCACCCCCCCAUUAGGCGGCCUCGACCCCUGGAAGCCUGCGUCCUUACCCAAGGGAAGUCACGAGCUGGACUUCAGUCCGGUGAGAACCCUUCAGUUGCCGCUCACGCCCCUCCAGGACAACCAGGACUUGCUGGGUUUUAACAACACUCCCCUUAAGAAUCCCCUCUUUGAGUCCCCCCGGGAGCUGCUCAACGCAGAAUCCAGUGACCUGGUGCACGUGCCCCUCACCAGCUCUCCAGCUUUUACUCACGAGUCCACUAAGCAAUCAUCUGGGGAACUGCCAGCCUCGGGCUUCACCGAAAACCGAUCGCUCAUGGAGGGGCUCAUCCUGGACACCAUGAAUGACAGUCUGAGCAAAAUCCUCCUGGAUAUCAGCUUUCCUGGUCUUGAGGAUGAAAACUUAGGAACCGACAUUAGCUGGUCUCAGCUCAUACCUGAACUGAAGUAA